UGCUUAGAACUAAGAUAACGUGCAAACGCGUAGCUGUCAAAAAAAAUUACUAACGUAAACAAACAGUAUUUCCUAAAAAUAGUUUUGGCGGCAUCUUUCUGUAAUUUUUGACAAUAAAUACGGAGAAUAUCAAUGGAAAUCACAAGCAAAAAUUUCACCGACCAGCUCGCGUCGAUCCGCCAAACCAUCCGGGAUGCCAGCUUCUUCGCGAUGGACACAGAAUUCACUGGCCUUACGUCCGACCGAAACGUGUUCCCCUUCGAUACGCCCGAGGAGGUGUACCAGAAGACGGUGGAAAAUUCGAUCAACUUUAUCGUCAUCCAGCUGGGUCUUGCCGCCUUCCGCGUUGAUCCGGAAUCUGGGGCGGUCAGCUACAAGUGCUACAACUUUUACUGCUUCCCAAAGGGGCGCGUGCACGUGUUUGCCUGCCAGGGCGAAAGUAUGAGGUUUUUGGCCGACCACGGGUUCGAUUUCAACAAGCUGUUCCGGGAGGGACUUUCUUAUUGUGGAGAAGCGGACGAGGAACGGAUGCGGACGGACUUGAAGGAGCGCCAGGAGCAGAGGGCGGCCGCACUGGAAGCUGAGGAGGGGGAGGAGGCUAACGGGAACGAUGCGGUAAACAUGGUACCGGUUCCGGCGACGGAGGAGAAACUGAUGGCGGAGAUUGAAGAAAGGAUUGGAGUGUUUUUGGCUUCGGAAGAGAAGAAUUUUACGAUUACGAACUGCAAUGGAUUUCAGCGCAAGCUGGUUUACCAGAUGAUUGAGGCUAAAUUUCGGAAGCAGAUAUCGACCUCUUCCGUUGAGCUGGAGAACAAACACAAGGGGAUUUUGGUUGAGAGGAAAAGAACCAAAGAGCAAGAUCGGAAGCUUGAGCAGGAGAAGGUGGCGCAGGAAAAUGUAGACCUGGAGAGUGCCGUUGGUCUUUCUUUGGUGCUGCAGGAGCUCUCGAAAACCCGGAAGCUUAUUGUAGGGCACAACAUGCUUUUGGAUUUGAUGUUUGUUAUACGGCAAUUCUUUCGACCUCUUCCGUACAAUUUUCAAGACUUCAAGAAGACUGUUAGAGAGUUGUUUCCACUCUUGCUCGAUACAAAAUACUUGUGCACGAACGCUGAGCUGAAGGUGCACGUCUUUUCGUCCGUUUUGGGCCACGUUUUUGAGGCAGUUCGGAAGGAGCCCUUUAAACUGCCAGAGGUGAAGUCAGGCAGUGAAGAGCAUAGCUAUUCUAUGGAUCAGGAGAAGCAACACGAAGCUGGUUACGAUGCGUAUUUGACGGGAUUGUGCUUUCUGGGGCUGGCAAGCUAUUUCAAAGUGGACCUGACGAAUCUAACUAAUGAUGCAACGUUGAAGAUGUACUUCAAUAGAAUUUACUUGCUGCGAGUCUCGGAAGUCAACUACAUUUAUAUUUACGGAAAAGAGCCUUCCUUCUCCCGCGACCACAUCUUCUACAUCACCUUCCCGGAGAACUGGCGCCACGUGGACAUCCUGUGCCGGUUCCGCAACUACGGCCAGGUGUUCAUCAGCUGGGUCAACGAGACGUCCGCGUUCGUAACGCUGCACAACCGCGACCACGCGGCGGCCGUGCUCAAAACCAUCGAUAAGUCGAACGCUGCCUUCACGAUCUGCACCCUGAACCAGUUCAAGGCCAAACAGCAAUGUGCUGGAGCUAAGCGGCGAUACGAUAGUGGUGGUUCCGAUCGAGGAGGGCUUAAACGUCCGGCGGACAAAGAGGUAACUGCUGCGGUGGUGCUGCCAGCGGUGACGGCCACCGAAGUGUCCAACUUUGGGACGCCAAGCCAAGCGAAGAAGCCACGCCAGCAGGGAACGUUUGCGGACAACGAUAGCUGGUAAGUGCAGAGAAGGCAGGACACGAUUAGUUUGCUUUUAUUUUUGAUGAAAUUACAAGCGCAUUUCGAGAAAGGCAAAUGCGAAUUGCAAUCAAAGUGAAAUAAAUUUUAAUGGGUCCGAAACGUA